CCGCUCCAAGGUUUUAGUUUCUCUCCGUUUAUCGGUACUAUCUGCCUCUACCACGAUCACUGGAGAGCAUUCCGUCAGGCUAGGUACUCCAUACUAUCGCUAUUUUGGGGCUCCGUCGUGAUAUCAAAAAUAAAAAAAUAUGGGUGCUGUCAGGAAAAUCAAGACCAAGCGCAGGACUAGAGACUACGAUCAAGUCCGCGCUGAUAUCCAGUCGUCUAAGCAUCUCACACAGUACAAAGCUACCAAAGAUCCGGAGGACCUGCCCGGCCUAGGACAACACUAUUGUGUCGAAUGCUCCAAAUGGUUUGAAAGCGAGUUCAACCUGGUCGGCCAUAAGAAGGGCAAGAACCACAAGAGAAGACUACGCAUCAUCCGCGAAGAAGCUCAUUCGCAAAAAGCUGCGGAGGCCGCAGUUGGCCUGGGUACCGACAAUGGCGUGAGAGCGCAGGAAGAGACCGUGAUGGCCAUGGAAGAUUAAAAAUCUACAAAUGAUUCUACACAAGCAAUCAGCCUCGCUCCAAAAUCGCCAACGUGAAGCAGAGCGGGUUGGACUUGCAUGCAAACGACCCUUUCGGUACUGCGACAGACCUCUCAUGGGCUCGAAAAAUUUUUACCGCAUCAAUGCAAAUUUGCAGCCGUUGUCGUUGUCACCAAAGUGAUAUGAUUGGCUGUUUGCGGACGAAGCUUGUCGCCCGACGCGUGAUUCGCCCAGUCUCACACUAAGCACGUGAAAACAUCAGGUGCCGAAAAUCGCCAGUUUUGUGCCGAACGCACUGCUUCCGUCUUGCGGUGACCCCCUUGCAAACUGCCGGUUCUCGGAGCGUCGCACAGUUAGGUCCCACUCGGAUCGGAUCCGACUCCCUUUGGGCAAGAAUAAUUUACAAGCUGCAAUUUUAAUUACAGAACGUGGGGGAUCGAUCGAGC